AUGUGUUCUUCUGAUGAAUUUCUCUCAUAUUUAAAUGAUCCUCAAUAUCUUUCAAAUCUUCUUAAAGAAAAAUCUAAUACAAUAAUAGAUGAUUCGAUAUUUUUUCAUAUCGCAAAUCAUUUUCUUUGUAAAGAUAUAUCUAUUGAAGGACUUUCUGUUCAACGAAAUUUAUAUGGUAGACCACGAUCAUCAUCAUUAAAUAAAUGUGAAAUUGAUCUAUUUAUAUUAAAUAUAAAAGAAUGUAUAAAUUCUAAUUCUGAACAAUUAACUAAACUUUUUCUUCAAUAUUUACAUAAUAUAAAUCGAUUAUUACCAAAUUAUUUUCGUGAUAUUGCUUAUUUAUGUGCAUUGAUUAUUUUACCACAUAGUAAUAAAAAUGUUCUUUCAUGUAUUCUAUGUGCAUUUAUUGAAAUGAAUACAUUAAAUAAUUUAAGAUAUGAUUUAAUUAUUAAUGGUUUAUAUAAAAAUGAAGAUGAACAAGAAGAUAAUCCAUGGAUUGAUCAUUUAACAAAAUUAAUUGUUGAAAAAGAUAAUCAAUGGUUAAGAAAAUUUUAUUUAGAAAAAAUUUAUACAAAACAACUUUUGCAUGCUAUUGAUACACAUGAUCAAGAGAAGAUUUUUAAUAUUCAACCAAUAAAAAUAAAUUCAGAAGAAUUAUCUUUAAAAACAAUUGAAAAAAUCGAUUUAAGUGAAGUAUCAACUUUAGAUGAUCUACAUUCAAGAUUAUUAUUCUAUGUAUCAAAUAAUCUUCAUAAUAAUUCAAUAGAUGAAUUAUGUUUAUUUAAUUUAUUUUCAUCAUCAAAUAAUUAUCCAAAUGAUCUUCAUAUAUUAUUUUCUUGUUUAUUAAUAUCUAUUAUUGAUAAAAAUAAUUAUUCAAUAUUAAGUCUUCGUUUAUUUCGUCGUUUAAUUCUAUUAAUAAAUAAUUAUUAUAUAAAUCAACAAGAUUUAUUUGAUGAUAAUCGUUAUCGUUUAAUAAUUGUUUAUCUUGUUUCAAAAUUAAUUUGUGAACUUCAUCAACGUCGUUCAAAAUCUGAACAUGAAUGGUAUUGUUUAUAUAUUGAUAUACCAAAAGAACAUCCAUUACCAACAUUUGAUUUAUUUUCUGAUCUUAUUUGUUUAUUAGCAACAUUAUGUUAUAAUCAUAUUCAAUGUCAAAAUCAAGUUCGACAAACAUCUGGUACAAUUGAAUCAAUUCUUUCAAUGACACAAAUUGAUCUUAAUCAACCAAAAGCUCAAGCAUCUGUUACUUGGUUAAUUAAAUGUUUAACUGAAAAUAACGAAGAAAAUAGAAAUUAUAUUAAACAAAUAAAAUAA